CUGGUAGUGCGUCAGCUUGACGCGCUGCUCAGCGGAGUCACAGCCGUGAAAGUGGCGGAGGCGGACAUUGUUGUGGUAACAGUCCGGCCCCAGAGGAUGAGCAGAGAUGAUGCAUUUAUUUUGAACGGAUAAAGGGCGAGGUAGUGAUUUAUUUUGUUUGUUUGUUUUCUUUCUUUUUUUUUUUAGGCCGACUAAAUAAUGAAUCGUUUAUAAAAGAAAGAGGAGCUGCUGCUGCACCGCACGGACUCAUCCUCCAAUCAGCCAGCCAGCCAGCCGGGGAACGGGGGAGUUCAUUCAGCCGAGGCGAGCGCAGCACAGCCUGAUGAGACGAUGCCAGCGACGUAAAAAAAAAUCACAACAUCUGCAGGGUGUGCAUCCGAGGCUGCUGGAUUAAGCCUCUGGGCCUUUGUGCACACAGUAGAGAAAAGCCCACUCGGGCGCCUGUUGCCUUCAAAAUACUGCGAGAGGAGGUAAAAUAAGGACAGUUGUAUUCUUGGAGGCCUUUCGGAAAAUCCAGCCUGCUGUUUGGAGGAUGUCAGAUUGACAUUAACGAGGGCUUGCUGUGCGUUUUCAUACACGACCUCAUCAAGGCUUUAUCCACGGUGAACCAUCACUGGGUUCAGCUCUGAAGUCACAGCGCCUUGAAGAAAAGCCAUUCAAAUAAAAAUAUCACAUGUUUCUGCCAUGAUUUGGCCUCCGGUGCUUUAUUGCACACAUGACAUCUGGAACACACUGGACGCAGAUGAAGAUGUGAUGUGUUGAGCACUGAAUAGCUACAUCUCAGCGCUUUUAAUAGAUUCUCAGGUAUCCUCCAGUUUUUUAUUAAUAAGAAGAAAAAAAAAUGGGAAGCGAAGGUGAGAUAAUCAACAGAGAACUGUCAAAGAUGUCUGACGAGGACUUGCUGGCGUGCUCCAAAGAGGAGCUGGUGAGCCGGCUGCGUAAAGAGGAGUCGGAUAAAAUAGCAGCUCUCAUCCAGAGAGGACGGCUGAUAAAAGAGGUAAAUAAACAGCUGCAGGGACACCUCCUUGAAAUCAGGGAACUGAAAGUCAUCAAUCAGCGCCUGCAGGAGGAAAACGUGGAGCUGCGAGAUCUGUGCUGCUUCCUGGACGAUGACCGGCUCAAAGUGAAGAAGCUGGCCAGAGAAUGGCAGCUGUUCGGGCAUCACGCAGCCAAAGUGAUGCGGGAGGACCUGGGCGGUUACUUGAAAAAGCUCGCAGACCUGGAGCGUAUGCAGGACGGGCUAGUCAAGGAGAAUUUGGACCUGAAGGAGCUGUGUCUGGUCCUGGAGGAGGAGUGUGUCAGCAGGAGUGACUCCAGCCCAGGAGGAUCCACUGAGCUCAACCUGCCUUGCAUGGUAGCCCGGGAUCUCGGGGAUGGAAGCUCAAGCACAGGGAGUGUGGGAAGCCCAGACCAGCUUCACCUGGUGUGCUCACCUGAUGACUGAUGGCAGGUUUAUGUCAGCAGUCAGGGCUUCAUAUGAGGAACCUGUAGAGUAAGAGUGGUGUGAUUUGGCAGACUGGAGGCUUUGCCAGGCAUUACAAAUUAAAUUGGUGCAAAAGCAUUAAGGCCUUCUGAAUGCUGCAAAUAUUUGUGUGCCACUACAUUUUGACUUCUACCACUAGAGACAUUUUCAGGACUUUACAAAGACAUUUAAUAGAUGUUUGCCAGAUGAUAAUGUAUCUAAAUUUUACAGUGUUUUUUUCUAAUGACUCUUCUGUUUUGGGGGGAAAUACUCCUUUUUUCAGUGGUCUGUUGAUGAAAAAAAAAAAAAUGGGACCAAAAAAGUAGGUCACAUAUAUAAAUUUAUCUCAUGCACUGGACUAGCCUACACUGGUUGAAGCCUUUUUUCUAUUGCACUGGACAGCGUUAUCAUGGAUCUUUAAAUCACAGAUCUAAAGAUUCAUUUCAAUCCAGUUUUGAGCCAUAUUUAGUCCACUGAAAUCAAAUAGCACUGAAAUAGAUGCGUUGUGAUAAAAGAAAAAAAAAUAUGAACCUAUUUGAUAUUUGCUUUUUUGCUAGAUGCCCAAUAAUGUGUAAUAUUUUAUGCACUCUCUUCCUCAGGACAGGAUUGGAGUGCCAUAUGUGCAUGAUGAUUGUCACAAUUUGUACAGGCCUGUUAACCCACUCUGAUGUAAAGGCCCUUCAGGUUUACCGUGGGUGGGGCUGCUGUGCAUAACGUACAUGUGCUCGAGCCAGGGCAGAGCCAGCACACCUUGUUAAGGUUUUUGGAUCAGACAUGAAAGAUGUCCUUGGACCUCACUCAGAGCUGAACUGAACAACACUUUUUUUUAAAAAUCCAACUGGAAACUCUUUGUAUCAAACUGGAAGGUCUACAAGUUUGAAUGAUUUCUAUUCUAUUCUAUUCAAGCUGUUCAAAUUCACUUGUAUUCCUUUUUUUUUAUUACAUUGUUGUUGUUGAUGUUCAAUUAGCAUAUCACAGAGUUUGUUUAGGUUGGCGAUGGUCAGCUUCGUCUUCUGUAACUCAUGCUUUGUAUUUACCCUGUAACAUUAGGGAUACUCUUAACUUUGACCCUUCUUUAUCUUGAUUUAUCUGUAUUAACUAGCGUUACUAACCGAUUUCAGUUUAAAUCAUAGAUAAUGCACAUGAUUAGAAAAGAUUUAUUUUGUCGUUAGCUGUUUAUUGGUUGGCUAUGCUCGUAGUGCAUUGAAGAGCUUUAAAUACAGUGGGUAUGACACUU